UCCGCACUUACAUAAUAUAUAAUCAAGUUUCAGCUUCAUUCGGUAUAGUUGGAUAACCGCAAUGAUUGACCGGUGUCUGGCUACGCUGUUCCUUGUUCUGAUUUUGGUUUUCCUUUCAGCUUCGGACGCACAUCCCGACAGCGUGGAGAUGCAGCCCCGCAUCAUUGGUGGUUAUGUGUCCAGCAUAAAGGAGGAGAAAUAUCUCGUACAGGUUACCACAGCCGAGGAGCUAUGUGGCGGAUCAUUGAUCAAGCCCCGAUGGGUUAUCACAGCGGCUCAUUGCGUUUACAACAAGACCAAAGAUGACUUCAAGGUCUAUGGUGGUGCCUCCAAUCAGGGUGGUCCCUACGCCAUCAUUCGCACUGUGGAUUUCAUGGCGAUUCGUCCAGAUUUCAAUCACAAAACCCUCAAUAUGGAUGUGGCUGCCUUGCGCCUGAGUUCUGAUAUGAUCGGAGCUAACAUAGAGACCAUAGCUUUGGCAGCACAAUCCGUUCCAGCUCGCGCUGUGGUCAAGGUCUCGGGUUGGGGUGCCCUAAAUGCCGAUACGUCAGAAACUGCCAUGCGGGUGCACAGUGUCCUGGUGCCCAUGUGGUCACGCGCUUCCUGCGUCUCUGCUUUCAGAGGGAAACAUCGCAUUACUCGCUCCAUGGUGUGUGCCGCGAAGCUGUACAAAAGGGAUUCCUGUGACGGCGACUCGGGAGGACCUUUGGUGUAUCGCGGCCAGCUGGCGGGGAUUGUAUCCUUUGGGUAUGGUUGUGCCUCCGCCUUGCCUGGCAUAUACACCAGUGUGCCUGUGAUCCGCAAAUGGUUUCUGCGCGUCGUGGAGGAGCAUUCCUGAGCGUAAUCUUAAGUCUUAGCUUUAACGGUUAAUAAAUAGUUUAAGUUUA